AUGAGUUAUCAUAAAAUAAAGUCAGUGUGUUAUCGGCUUUUUGUGAUUAGUCAGUACUUAUUCUUAAAAUUAAUCGGAUUGUCACCUUGGUCAAUCGAAGCUUCUGAAAUAAUUCGCAGAAACCGAAGAAUUGAAAGUCAUAAUUUUAAAUAUACUUUUUCAUAUGUUGGAAUAUUUUAUAACUUUGUAUUCAUAUUUCUUACAGUAUCAUUAAGCAUUUACGUUGUUUUUUAUUUACAACAAACUUACUCCGAGGAGAUAAAACUUUUUGAAACUUUAUUUUUAUCAUCUUCAGUGCUGUGUAUGGUUUUUAUUGUACUAAUUUAUACCAUCCGACAAAAAGUACCAAUAAAUCUAAUCAACAAUCGGUUGAAAAGUGUUGAUAAAAAUUUAAAUAGUUGUGCAGAUUAUAAAAGUAAAAAUUAUUACGCUAACGAUUGGAUAUUUUUAAUGAAUUUUGUUUUUAACUUUUGCGUAACAAUACUCAGAUAUUUAGCCUUUAAAUCCGAUAUAAUAGUCUUUAUCAUGUUAGUGCCGAAUAUUUUGACAACUUGGCCGUUGAUUCAUUACACUAUUUUUAUAAACUUAAUCCGAAGACGAUUUGAGGAGAUCAAUUCGACGCUUUUGAAAUUGGGCACUUCCGAAAGUAAAAUAUCGCAUUCCCGUGAGUUAAUUCUGGAUGAUUUUACAAACUUAAAACGCGCGUACGAGGAAAUUUGCAAAGGAUGUGAUGAAAUAGUAAAUUUUUAUGAAAUUUUUAUUUUGAUUGUUUCUUCUAUCAUGGCCAUUCGGCUAGUGCGUAAUUUAUACUUUAUAAUCGUAAAAAUGAUUAAUUUACCGACAAUUGAUGUUAUAAUAUUCUUAGUUGGAGUGACUUUGUUACAAUAUGUUAUUAACUUCAUAAUGUUGACUAUAGCAGUAACUAAAGUGAUUGAACAGAAUAAAAAAACUCCGAUAAUUUUAAACUUGCUCAGGGAUCGAUUUGAUAUGGAUGAAGAAAUAUUUAAAACGAUAAGUUCAUUUUAUAUACACUAG